AUGCAAAGGUUUAUGGAUUCACAAACAGCAGAUAAUGAUUUAUUAGCAGCAGCUAAAACGGCAAGCUCAUUUAAUGAUAAAUUAGAGCAUGAAGUCAGAGUGGCUGCUGAUUUAGAACCUAUUCCACAUUUAGGUGAGUAUCCAACUAAAUUAAAAAUGGAUCCUAGUAGAGAUCCACCAUCAUCUAAUCCUGCAUCAAAAUUAGAAGAAAAAAUAUAACAAAUGAAAUAAGCAGUUGCUGAAGAAUCAGUAUUUAAAGUUGGUUGGUAGGAUGAUGAUAAUUUGUACAAUAAAAUUAUUGAGCAUCUUAUUGAAUUGGAUCCUGAGGAAUAAUCAGACUUUCUAUUACAAAUCUUAAAAAACGAAAUGCGUUCUAACAGAACUCGAGUAGUCUAAAGAUUGAAGGAUAUAUUAGCUAUGAUCAUGGAUGAAACCAUUCUUAUUCCACUUGAAAAACUCUAUGAAGUUUGCAUUAGAGCAAAUAUGGAGAUGGAAGUUGAAGAAGUGUUUUUAGAAGAACUUAAUAUUUCACUUGAUCCUAUAAGAAAUGGAGAAAUUGGGGAAGCUGAGUAAUUAGUUGAAGAAUUAUAAGAACUUGAAUCAUUAGAGGAUGAACAUAUUCAACAUCAAGAAUAAAUAUCUGUACCAAUUGAGUAUCAAAUUGUUUUGAGAAAAGAACCUAAAUUUAAGAAUGAGAAUAAAUUAAAUUCAAUAGAUACUAUAUCAGUUAAUAAAGUACAUAUCCUUAAUGACUAAGAUGUUGAAGAUCAUAAUAAACAAAAAAUUAAAUAGUAUACAAUGAGAUUAGAUGAUUUUUUCAUUUCUAAUCAAGGUGAAGAAAAUAUAGAAUAACCAGAAGAAUAAUAAUAAGAAUAAUUAGAAGAUAAUUAGGAAUAAUAAGAGGAUAAUUCAGAAUAAUUAGAAGAUAAUUAGGAAUAAUUAGGAGAUAAUUAAGAAUAAUUAGGAGAUAAUUAAGAAUAAUUAGGAGAUAAUUAGGAAUAAUUAGAAGAUAAUUAAGAAUAAUUAGAAGAUAAUUAAGAAUAAUUAGAAGAUAAUUAAGAAUAAUUAGAAGAUAAUUAACAGAACGAUGAGCAGAUGGGUACAGAAUAAGAAAUUUAAAUUGAACCAGGACCUAGAGAAUUGUUUAGAAAUCCAUAGAUCCCUUUUGAUCCAAUAGAGGAAAUCAUUCAAAAUGGUGGAUUUAUCCCUCAUGAAUUUUUAAAUCCUCAACACAGAGAUGAUAUUUAUGUAAACGAUCAUUAAUUUAUUCCUCUCACUCCAGAAGAAAUGGUUUAUUAAAGCAAACCUAUCAUUCCACACGAAAUGUUUAAUCCAAUCAAUGAAGAUGAUAAGUAUAAUACUUUUGGCAAUAAAAAAAUAUAAAAAGAACCAUAUUUUCAUUAUAAUUAAGGAACCCAAUAGAAUUCAACUGAAAGAAAACCUGAUGUAGCAUAAUCAAUAAAUAUUGUGUAAGGAGAUGCUGAAAUGUAAUCCAUUAAUAUUGUUCUUGAUCCAGUAUAAAUGUAAUCAAUAAAUAUUAAUUUUGAUGAAACAUAGGCUGAAUAAUACAAAUAAUAAUAACUCUAUCAUAAAUAUAGAAACUAAAAACACUUCAUCAAUCGUGAUAGUUUUCAUUACCCUAAUGAUCCUCUGUAUCCAAAUAUUCAUACUGUUCAAGAUCAUACAAGAUCUCCAUACUAUUAUCAAGGCUAUUACACAGGGGAAGUACCAUAGCAUCCAUAUUAAGUUUAUGAGCCUCCUUUAGAAGAACCAACCCAAGAAGUUAUAUAUGAAGAAAUCAUUUAAGAAAUACUAAAUGAAGAAAUAGCGCCUCCUGAAGAAGCAAAUCUAGAAAGUCCUCCAGAAGAAGGAGCUGUAGAAAUAUCACCUGAGGAAGGUGCUGUAGAUGCACCACCAGAAGAAGGAGGAGGAGGCGAAGCUGUUCCAGAAGAAGUUGCUGGAGAAGCUAUACCUGAAGAGCCAAUUGGUGAAGCAAAGGCUGAAGAAAAUGUUGAAGUUAAGGGAGAGGAUGGUACAAAUCCUGAAGAAGGAAAUAUUGAAGAAACUAAAGUUCAAUAAGAGGAAACUACAUAGUAAGAGAUUAUUCCAGAAGAUGCCCCUUAAGAAGGAAGUGGAGAAGAAAUAAAAGAAGUUGAACCUAUAGAAGAUUAAUAAUAAGAAUAAGAGUAAGUUGGAGAUGAAAUUUAAAUAGAUAAUGCUGAAAUAAUUGAUUAGGUAACUUAGGAAGAUCAAUUGUAAUAAGAAAUAGAACCUUGGAUUAAUUGGGAAGAAGUACCUGAUGAAGAAAUUGAAUAUUUAAUUAGCAGAUUGAUUGAUCCUCGAUUUUAUGAUCCUCAUCAUCCAGAUUAUAACCCAUAAGAUCCCAGAAAUAUUAUUUUUACUUCAACUCANGAAUAAUUAGAAGAUAAUUAACAGAACGAUGAGCAGAUGGGUACAGAAUAAGAAAUUUAAAUUGAACCAGGACCUAGAGAAUUGUUUAGAAAUCCAUAGAUCCCUUUUGAUCCAAUAGAGGAAAUCAUUCAAAAUGGUGGAUUUAUCCCUCAUGAAUUUUUAAAUCCUCAACACAGAGAUGAUAUUUAUGUAAACGAUCAUUAAUUUAUUCCUCUCACUCCAGAAGAAAUGGUUUAUUAAAGCAAACCUAUCAUUCCACACGAAAUGUUUAAUCCAAUCAAUGAAGAUGAUAAGUAUAAUACUUUUGGCAAUAAAAAAAUAUAAAAAGAACCAUAUUUUCAUUAUAAUUAAGGAACCCAAUAGAAUUCAACUGAAAGAAAACCUGAUGUAGCAUAAUCAAUAAAUAUUGUGUAAGGAGAUGCUGAAAUGUAAUCCAUUAAUAUUGUUCUUGAUCCAGUAUAAAUGUAAUCAAUAAAUAUUAAUUUUGAUGAAACAUAGGCUGAAUAAUACAAAUAAUAAUAACUCUAUCAUAAAUAUAGAAACUAAAAACACUUCAUCAAUCGUGAUAGUUUUCAUUACCCUAAUGAUCCUCUGUAUCCAAAUAUUCAUACUGUUCAAGAUCAUACAAGAUCUCCAUACUAUUAUCAAGGCUAUUACACAGGGGAAGUACCAUAGCAUCCAUAUUAAGUUUAUGAGCCUCCUUUAGAAGAACCAACCCAAGAAGUUAUAUAUGAAGAAAUCAUUUAAGAAAUACUAAAUGAAGAAAUAGCGCCUCCUGAAGAAGCAAAUCUAGAAAGUCCUCCAGAAGAAGGAGCUGUAGAAAUAUCACCUGAGGAAGGUGCUGUAGAUGCACCACCAGAAGAAGGAGGAGGAGGCGAAGCUGUUCCAGAAGAAGUUGCUGGAGAAGCUAUACCUGAAGAGCCAAUUGGUGAAGCAAAGGCUGAAGAAAAUGUUGAAGUUAAGGGAGAGGAUGGUACAAAUCCUGAAGAAGGAAAUAUUGAAGAAACUAAAGUUCAAUAAGAGGAAACUACAUAGUAAGAGAUUAUUCCAGAAGAUGCCCCUUAAGAAGGAAGUGGAGAAGAAAUAAAAGAAGUUGAACCUAUAGAAGAUUAAUAAUAAGAAUAAGAGUAAGUUGGAGAUGAAAUUUAAAUAGAUAAUGCUGAAAUAAUUGAUUAGGUAACUUAGGAAGAUCAAUUGUAAUAAGAAAUAGAACCUUGGAUUAAUUGGGAAGAAGUACCUGAUGAAGAAAUUGAAUAUUUAAUUAGCAGAUUGAUUGAUCCUCGAUUUUAUGAUCCUCAUCAUCCAGAUUAUAACCCAUAAGAUCCCAGAAAUAUUAUUUUUACUUCAACUCAUUUUUAAAGAUCGUAAGUAUAUUUAUAAAUUAAAAACCCCUUAUUUUAUUUACCAGGUUAGGGUCCAUAUGCUAAAUUAAAGUCUUGUAAUACACCAGAAGAUUUGUUAGAUCAAAUUACUCCUGAUGAUCUUCAUUCAUUGGUUAGUGAAUGGAAAAAGAGAACUUAACGUUAUAACAUUCCAGAUGUUGAUUAUUAAUCAAAAUAAUCAAGAAAUCAAUAAUCAUAAUAAUCUUCCGUAUAUCGUCCUUUUUAAGAGUCCUCAACUUUAGAUCAAGCACCAAUUGAUUAACAAGAAUUUCAACCAGGAGAAUUACCUCAAUAAAGAAAAAGUUCUGAUGCUUAGCCUUUUGAGUUUGCUGAUGAGGAUUUUAUUACACCUAGAGAUAUAGGUAAAUUUGGUAGGAAAAAACCAUUUCAAAUGUAAGGAUUAGAUCCCAAUGAUCCAAGAUCAAUUCCUAACUUUAAUCCAGAUAAAUCAAAUUAUUUUGGCAACAAUGAACAUGUUGAAGAGAAUCCUAUUCUUAAAGUAAUUUAGGGAAACAAAAUGUAAUAGGAGGAAAGAGGAGACUAUUAAUAGAUGAACCCAGAUGAAUUUCAUCGUCCUCCAGAUUUUAAUGAUGAUAGAUCAUAUAGAACUGGUAGAGAUGGAAAACCAAUUUAGCGUCAUCCAAGAGGAGAUUGGCAUGAUGAUGAUUAUUACUAUGAUGAAUAUGAUGAGUAUGAUGAUUAUUACGAAGAUAGAGAUGGUGAUGGAAUCCCAGAUGUCUAUCAAGAAGAAGAUUAUUAUCCUCCUUAUUAUUAAAGAAGAUAACCAUAUGCUGAUGAAUACGAUAAGAGAAGAUAAAGUCAUUAUGAUAGAAGAAGGUAUGGAGAUCGUGAUGGUAGGGGAUAUAAUGAUUUUGAUGAAUAUGAAGAUUUCAGAGGUGAUGAUCCUUAUGAUAGAAGAAGAAGAUAUCAACCUCGAAGAAGAUCAGAUGAUGAAUAUGAUUCAAGACGUCCUAGAAAUCCCUAUAAUAGAAGGUAUGAAUUGGGAGAUAAGGAAGAUUUAGAAGAAGACAAAAUUGCAAGAGAAUUAAACAGAUCAAAAAGGGAUAUAGGUAGAAAAGGAAGGUACUAAAAAAAAGGUGAUGAUUCAUAACCUAGAAUUGAAGAAUUUCAUAUUUAUCAUGAUCUGGAUUAAUAUACUUAAACGAGGAAUAUUAAUGAUAAACGAAAUAGAGAAGAAAAAGCUAUGCAAGAUCCAAAAUAUAAACCAGGAAAUAUUAAUGGAGUACCAUAGAUUAGAGAUACAACAAGAGAUGUUGAUGAUUAUCCUAGAAGAAGUACACCAGAAGAUAAGGAUUAAAUGGACAGUUCUGGUAUUGCAUUUGCUAAAUCCUUAAAAGAAUAAGGAAGAUAGAAGAGAAAUAAAAAAAUACAAGAUGAAAAAUUAAAAUAAAUGGGAUUAAAGAAUUCUAAGAAAUAAAAGAAAAAUAAGAAUUAAAAAAAGAAAAAAUAAAAUGAAGAAGAUGAUGAUUAAUCAAAAAAAUCAAAUUAACAACAAAAUGAUGAAUAAUAAUAAGAGUAAUAAUAAUAAUAAUAAUAAUAAUAAUAAUAAGAAUAAUAGUAGAAUAAAUAAUCUUAAUAUAAAGUAUAAGCAUUAGCUGCAAAUAAAUAAAAUAAUGUAAAUAAUAGUGAUUCACUUAUCAAACCUUAAAAUAAAAGUACUACUUAAAAGGAAAUGUCAAAAGCUAAUGAAAUUGAUGAACCUGAUCUCAAACAUUAAGCAAGAAACAAUGCAGAAAAAAGUGAUGAAAAUAAAGCUCUUGGCAAAAAUGAGGAACCUCUUUUAAAUAAAAAUAAGAAAGCUAAAACCUUAUUAUAAAUAUCUGAUGAAGAUUGUUCUCAUUUAGACAGCAGAUCUAAGACUUAUACCUGUAUUUAAUGUAAUGUAAUUAUUGAGUAUAUUUUAGACUCAAAAAUCUUAUCAUUUAAACGAUGACACUUGGUAUUUAAUUGGCUUAGCAUAAGGGUACAAAAAAGAAUUUCACACAGUAUUUAAAUUGAUUAAAGAAUUAAUUAAUCCCCAACAACUCUAUACUAGUUUUGGAACUAAUAAUAAAAUUUGUUUUAGCAGUUAAGAAAAGUAAAUCAUUAAUUUAGAUAAAAUAAUAACAAUCUUUUAAGGGAAAAAAUUGACAAAUACAUUAAUUUAGUUACCUGAAAAACUAUAAAUGUCAUAUUUCUAAUUAUCAUACAGCAACCAAGAGUUUUCUGACUUUGAAUUAGAAAUAGAUGAUAAUAGUAUUCAGAUUGAUAAAGCUGGGGUUAGAGUUUCAAAAAUAAACAUUAUUUGGCAAUAACUUCAAGUCUAAUUAGGAUAUUAAGGUAUAAUUAAUUUUAACAAAACAUAAAGAAAAUUUGAUUACAGGUAAAUAAUUAGUGAAGAUUGCAUAAAUGAGAAUCUUAGGAUCUAUCUACACUUUCCUCAUGAUUACUAAUAUUCAAUUUAAAUGAUUAAGCAAAUAUUUAAUCAAUAAUAUAUAGAACUUUAUGAAUAAUACUUAUUGUAAUAGAUUGAUUAAAAAGACAGAUGGGUUGUAGUAUAAUUCAAAUCGAGAUAAUGUGAAGAAUCAAGUGAGUAUGGUAUAUCACUUUAAUAAUGA